GCACCGCUCGUCGUCGGAAAGAGAUGAUGGAAACGUACAACGUUUUCCUCGUGUUCGUGAUUGCUGUGCUGGCCCUCUCUCCUCCAGUCCAGCCGACCAGGAUACGCAGUAGCUGGAGCUACAAUCAGGGGACGAGACUCAACUAUCUGACCAAGUUCGGCGUCCAGAAAGGUCACCAGGUGUUCGCCUACGGCGGGUCGCUGCGCAAGUCCAGCAGCAGCAGUCAUUACGGUUAUGACGAGACGCUGGUGUUGGCGUUCGUCCCGUCCUCUACGUGGGACAAGUUCUACCAUCUGGAGAGCGACGACCGCCGAGACUGCCAAAGAUUCAUGGCUCCGUUCAACGGGAGUCUAUCGUCGGACGACCGUUGCUACCGUCAAGGGAACGACACAGCGGACCUGUACCGCGUCGUGCCGUGCGACCACCAGGAGACGUGCAGGAACCAGCACAAUAUCCCGCUCGUCCACGGCAGUAACUUCACCUUUCGCAUCGUCUCCCCCUCCACCCAGUACUACUAUCUAUUCCUGGUAGCUUGCAUCCAGAACAACGGGAGUCAGCCAUGUGAAUGGUUCGCCAGUGGCUCUGUAGCCAUAGACUUUAACGUCCACAUUGUGAACCAGACCCUCGUUUCCCCCCAACCCCUUCACUUACGAGUUCUCCUACAACCUCAUCGGGAUGAUGAUCCUGUACAUCAUAUUCUCCUGCAUCUACUUCACCGUCCUCUUCUUCCACCUCCUCAUGCACUCCUGUAUUUGCACCCCUGCAAACUACAAACACCACAGACUCACACUCAUAUUCACAGUCUCUCUGGCUCUCGAGACGUUCCAUGUUCUUCUUGUCAUGGCCCACUACUGUGUGUUCUCUGAGGACGGGGUAGGUCUGCGUCCCCUCCUCUACAUGGGGCGAGGACUCAACUUCAUCUCGGACUGGCUACUCAUCCUAGUCCUCAUCCUCCUCGGGAAGGGCUGGCAGAUCACUACUGCCACUGUCAGAUGGAAGAAAACCACUCUGGUCGUGUGGAUUGUCUAUAUUGUCGUCUCAGGCAUCUUCUUUUCAUGGAUCUUUGUACAGGAGCUGGUGUUUCCGUUCUCAGCACAGCCAAUAGAUUUCUACCAGACCUGGGCUGGCGGGCUCUAUUUGGCAUACCGUCUCGUCCUACUCCUCUACAUCAUGUGGGAGAUGAGACAGAUCUAUCUCAUUGAGAACAGGAGAUUCAAACUCAUUCUCUACCGGGCACUCAUCGUACUCUACAUCGUCUGGUUCGUGUUAUCUCCCCUUUUUCGUGACAAUAGCGAGUCUGCUAAACCCGCUGGAGAGAACUCGAGUCAUCGGGGUGUCUGUUCUGACCUUUGACCUUGUGAUAAAUCUGGUAAUGGUUCUGCUGAUGUGUCCAAAGUGGUCGCAGCAGUAUUUCCAGUUUACCAGCCAUCUUAACUACCUCUCUCGGGUCACCAUGAGGAAGAUCAAGACAGGCAUCACUCACUAUCGCACCAUCAGUAACUCAGUCACUUACGAUGAGAGUACAACUGACACACUCUCGCCUCUUUUCAACAAACCAUAAUUAUGUUUUUAAUAAGUGUGUGUGACUACAUGGUGUUUUUCCCCAAUUGGUGACUUGAGAAUUACGUGCAGAGAGAAAAAUAGGAGAAUGAAAGUGAAACUAUGUUUGUUAGUCAUCCUCCUCUCCACUGCCAAAGGCUUGUUCAAAUUCCUCAUCUCGUUCGCUGCCUUCCCUUUCUCCUUCAUCCCCCUCCUCUCUCCCCUCUCCCUCGGUGGGUG